UUCAGCUGCUAUUUGGGGGAGGGGGAGGGUGGUACCAGGGAAGAAGGCUGGAGAAAGAUGGGAUGCGAUCCUGCUCGUCAGCCGCUGCCAGGGACUGAGGCAGAGUGGGAUGGGGUUCCGGGGUGGCCUCUGGGAGUGGGACCUGCGGGAUCUGACGCCGUCCAGGGAGGGAAAGUCCGGGGGAGGAGGAGCGAGGAUUGCGGACCCGGAGCCCGCGGGGCGGCCGGGGUGCGUGCUGGAGUAGGAUCUAGGAGAAACGUCCACGAAGAGCCUGGUGCCUCUGCGGAGGAAAAGGGCGUGCGGACGCGUUCCAGGCUGGACCCGAGCAGACCUCCCGGGCGCCGCUCACUCCCUGGCCGACUGGCUUGCCAGCAGUUGCUCGCUCAGUCCUUGGCUCGCGCGCGCACCCUCUCCCGCGCCAGGGAGUAGUUCUGGGUGGCGUGGGCUCCGUCCUUUUCUUAGCUGGUGGCAACGGUGCGCCCAAGAGGCGAAGCCUGGUGGGCCCGGCCCCUCCCAGCCCAGCGCCGAUGAGUGCCAGGGCGCCGAAGGAGCUGAGGCUGGCGCUGCCGCCUUGUCUCCUCAACCGGACCUUUGCUUCCCCGAACGCCAGCGGCAGCGGCAACGCGGGUGCCCGUGGUCAGGUCGCAGGCGGUGGUGGCUGCACCUGCAUCACGCAGGUGGGACAACAGCUCUUCCAGUCCUUCUCCUCUACGCUGGUGCUGAUUGUCCUCGUCACCCUCAUCUUCUGCCUCAUCGUGCUGUCCCUCUCCACUUUCCACAUCCACAAGCGUAGGAUGAAGAAGCGGAAGAUGCAGAGGGCUCAAGAGGAAUACGAGCGGGAUCAUUGUAGCGGCAGUCGCGGUGGCGGGGGGCUGCCCCGGGCAGGCGGUCAGGCCCCAACCCAAGCAAAAGAAGCCCGGCUGGAGAGGCAGCCCCGGGACUCUGCCUUCUGCUCCCCUUCCAACGUCUCCUCUUCCUCCUCUUCGUCCCCUGGCCUCGCGUGCCAGGGUCCCUGUGCCCCUCCGCCUCCACCGCCAGCUCCCAGUCCACAAGGAGCACACGCAGCCUCCUCCUGUUUGGACACAGCUGGCGAGGGCCUUUUGCAAACGGUGGUACUGUCCUGAUUGUCCAACCCUUCUCCUGUCUCACUCUUUGUUUCCAGCAUCUUUGCCAUCCUUGCUUUUAUUUUUUUCUCCUCCCUUCCUUUUCCAUUAUCCUCUGGCCUCUCUCUUUCCUCUGCAUUCUUUUCUGAUCAGCCCUCCCCUUACUGUUUCUCCUCCGCCGAGGCACUGUGCGGUAUUUGUAAAUAUUGGGCAAGGAAAGUCUCGGAAGAAGAAAUAACGCUGAUAAUAAUUUAUUAAUACUUAUAGUAAUUAUUAUAAUACUAACAACACAGUCCAAGCGCAUGACAAAUCACAUAAUUUCUCAUUGUCAGUGAAGGAUGCAUCUUCCCUCUCGACCCCGUGCCCCUCUCAAUAAGGAGGAGAAACCGCACAAGCUACCAAAUGUGUAAAAGGCAGAGGCAGAGGGAGAGGGCCCGGUAAUGUUGUACAUAGCUGUCGAGUUAAGGUUUAGUUAUCUUCCUCCACCCGCUGAGCUUUCAGUUUCCUUUAGCUUCCCUCCCUUCCCCGUUUCCACUCUCAGCCGGGCUCAAGCAAUAGUACAUUAUAAAGAAAACGUCUACAUUAAGCACCAGGACUACAAGAGGCCACAGCAAAAGUCUCGGCAAAUGUUGUGACAGGUACACCUCUCCACUCAGCCCUUUUCUCACCCAUUACCUUCCCCAGGACAGAGCAUUUUAAUUUACUUUUAGAAAUGUCCCUCGCUGGCCGAGCAUUAGUACAUUAGAAUAUUUAAAUGAGUUUUUUUUUAAUCUGCUUUUUGCUCACUGCCCAGCCCCCACCUGUACACCUUCGACUUGUGACAUUUUUCAGGAUUCACGGAAGAUCCGGGAGCUGUCCAGCCAGGUCUGGUGAUGAAAUAGCCUCACUGUAUUGGUUCCUUCUCUGGUUGCGCAGGCGGAGGAGGGGCUGUUUUGGAAAGUGACUAUU